UCUGUUUUGUGUGUGUGUGUGUGUGCUCUGUGUUGUGUAUGUCAGUCAACGAAGUCACUUCCGUUGGGUUUGCGUUUUAGUUUGAGUUCUGAGUUUAGGGGCACGCGACACAGAGCGCCAGCAGCUGUCCUGAUGCAAGGACACGAAAACCAUAUUACAUCAGUCUCCAUUUAACAUUCACUCAAGAAGGACUAACGUGCUGAAAGUACACCCGCAAUCGCCACCAGUUUUUCUCCCGCCCACAAAAAGCCAGGAAUUCCAAAACAUAAUUAUGGCUGCCUUGAGCUUCAGCCCAUCACCUCCUCCAAAAGAAAACCCCAAGGAAAACCCCAAUCCAGGGAUGAAAACCACGUUGAAACCUUUUGGAAAGAUCACCGUUCACAAUGUUUUGAGCGAAAGUGGCGCCAACGCCUUGCAACAGCAUAUGGCCAAUCAGAAUACCAUUAUCCGAAAGAUCCGUGACUUUGGCAUGCUGGGUGCUGUUCAGAGUGCCGUGGCUAGCACAACUAAUACCACACCCAUACCCAGUCAACGGAAAAGGCCCCUGGGAGAAUCCCAAAAGCAGAACCAGCAGAACCAGCAGAAUCAACAGCCUAGUAAAACUUCAGUGCCUGCCAAAAAAUGCAAGACCAACAAGAAGCUGGCGGCGGAAAGGCCCCCAAAAGCAGCAACUGUAAGCCAUCCCAAUAAAAGCCAAGGCGACCACAGUUUCGGCACUCCAGGAAGAAAGGGCUUGCCUUUGCCACAAGCCGUUGCCCGUAGAAACGCUAGGGAAAGAAAUCGUGUAAAGCAGGUCAACAAUGGAUUUGCCUUACUUCGGGAGAAGAUCCCGGAAGAAGUUUCUGAGGCUUUUGAGGCCCAGGGAGCGGGACGAGGAGCCAGCAAGAAGCUAUCCAAAGUGGAGACCCUCCGCAUGGCCGUGGAGUAUAUAAGAAGUUUGGAAAAACUGCUGGGAUUCGAUUUUCCACCUCUCAACAGUCAGGGGAAUAGUUCUGGAUCCGGCGAUGAUAGCUUUAUGUUUAUCAAGGACGAAUUUGAUUGUCUGGAUGAACAUUUCGACGACUCCUUGAGCAACUACGAAAUGGAGGAGCCACAGCCAGUCCAGCAAACGUUGUCCGAGGAAAUCCAAAACCCGCCCCAAGCCACUGAUCUCCUGCCCAGUUUGACUACCUUGAAUGGGUUGCAAUACAUCAGAAUACCAGGGACCAACACCUAUCAACUGCUAACGGCUGAAUUACUGGGCGAUUUGAGUCACGAGCAAAAACUUGAAGAAACAGCUGCUUCGGGCCAGUUAUCGCGAUCGCCCGUGCCACAAAAGGUGGUAAGAAGCCCCUGCUCCUCUCCAGUUUCACCUGUCGCCUCGGCUGACUUGCUGUUACAGACGUGUGCCACACCGCUGCAGCAGCAAGUAAUUAAACAGGAAUACGCCAGCAACAACAUUAGCAGCAGCAGCAACGCACAGACUUCCCCGCAGCAGCAGCCACAAGUUCAGAGCCUGGGAUCGUCGCCUAUUUUACCCGCGUUCUACGACCAGGAACCCGUGAGCUUCUACGACAACGUAGUACUGCCCGGAUUCAAGAAGGAAUUCAGCGAUAUUUUGCAGCAGGAACCGCCCAGCAACUCGACCGCUGGCUGCCUUUCGGACGAGAGCAUGAUCGAUGCCAUUGACUGGUGGGAGGCACACGCAGCUAAAUCGAAUGGUGCAUGCACCAAUCUGUCCGUUUAGCCGCAUCUCACGCUCUCACGCAUCUCUAAAAAACCAAUUACAAGUUUCUAGCGUAUUUUUAAAUGAUUUGAAGUCCUCACAGACUUCUGUGGCAGGCCAUUCUAUCUAAAGUUUUUUUUUAAUCAAGCCGUGACUGAGUCAUUGUGUAAAUAGCAAUUUAAGCCGAGAAAGGAAGAUAACUGCGGCCAGCCGAAGUUUAUGUACCUUUGCUGUUAAAACCAUGUCUUUAAUAUGAAAGGUCGCACAAUUUCGAUGAAGUUUAACACAUUUCCAUGCAGCUAUAAGAUAUAAUCGUCCGAUUUCCAUGCACUCCAUAAAAGGGCAGAAAUAACAUUAAAUACGAAAUGUAUGGAGUUGUGCGUAUGAAUUCAAUAUUGUUGAUCAAACCUGCCCGAUUCACCUUUUUUACUAUCUGCAAUAUACGGACGGACAGAUGGACGGACAUGCCGAUCAUGAAUAUAUAAACGUUAUGGGGUCGGAAAUGUCUCCUCCAUUGCAUUGGAAGCUUCUAUAACACCAUAUAUCAAAUCUAGGAACCUAGCAGAUUAAAAGUCAUCUAGUGAUAUAAACCAAAUAGAAAUAACCUCUAAGACCCAACCACAAAUAGUUAUCCUGAUAAACGGCUUAAUGUUGAGCCACACUAGUGUCUAAUAUUUUACAAAAAUUAAUGUAUUUGUGUAACCAUAUUUUUUUUUGUAGAUUUAAUUGUAGGAACGUUUAAAUGGCGAGCAAAUAAAU